AUUAGGUUUGCAUUUGAAGUCGUUGGUGCACGCCCUCAAACCUGUUUAGGAUGGAGUCCGUUGCUGCACACAAAGAUGAAGUCGUAAGUUGUUUUAUUGUUUCUUUCUAUGGUAAGACUCACGUUGAGUCGAAAAUUGACGAGUUGAAAAGAAAGUCUGUGGAUGCCAAAGACGUUGCAGAUCAUGAAGCUAAGAAUGGUAACGAUGAGCCAGUUGUCAAGAAGAUAAGGAAAGAGACUGAUGAUAAUGAUGGCGACGAAAAGGCUCACAGUCCAGAGAAUAGACCAACCGAGGGUGAGUUGUACGAAGAUGGUAACGAAGGUGAGCUAAUUUACUCUUCGGCAUUCGUGCCAUACCCCUUGAUUACUCACACUGAUUUUCGACCUAUAUAUUUCUAAGUUUCAUAAGUUCUGUAAUUUCGACUUUUAGACGAUGCCUCACAAGACACCAAAGGCACCAAUGGAACAAGUAAGUAUUGUGUUUGUGUGACCAUUUCCUAGGCGAACAUGUAAACGGCAGUAACGGCGAACAUGUCGGUGAACAUCAAACUGAAAAAUCAGAUGAAGGGUCCGAUUCGGAAUCGGAAAGAGGUGAUGCACCUUCAGUUGACAAGGAGUCAAACGAAGAGGCCAGUGAUUAACCUCGGCAUUUCCAUGCACUCCAGGCAUUUAUGUCUUUUUAUAACAUUUUUAUCGAUUUUUAUUCUAACCCGGCAGCUUUUGCACAAGUUUAUUAUUCACUUAUAUCUAAUAUAACAGAUGCUCGGA